GAAGUUGGCGCAUGCGCCUGAGGCUGACGGGUUUGAAAUGGCUUCGGUGUUAACCGGGACCCGACUCAGGUGAAGGUCUGGUCCGUGCGGCUGGAACGGCAGGCAGCCAAGCCGGGAUUCUUAACAUCCUAUCGGAUCCGCGGAGGGACCGGGGACGGACGUUUUGGUAGCACGGCGGCCGCGGUCCGGCGACGAUCGCUGCUAUAGAAGACAAACAAGCGAAGGUUUUUUUCCCCUUGCAUCAUGGCUCAGUUUGGAGGACAGAAGAAUCCGCCAUGGGCUACUCAGUUUACAGCCACUGCGGUAUCACAGCCAGCUGCACUGGGUGUUCAGCAACCAUCACUCCUUGGAGCAUCUCCUACCAUUUAUACACAGCAAACUGCAUUGGCAGCAGCAGGACUUACCACACAAACCCCAGCAAACUAUCAAUUAACUCAGACUGCAGCAUUGCAGCAACAGGCCGCAGCUGCAGCAGCUGCAUUGCAACAGCAAUAUUCACAACCUCAGCAGGCCUUGUAUAGUGUACAACAACAGUUACAGCAACCCCAGCAGACCCUUUUAACACAGUCACCUGUGGGACUCCCUACAAGCCUUAGCCUGUCUACUCCUCAGCCUGCGGCACAGAUAACUGUAUCAUAUCCAACACCAAGGUCCAGUCAGCAGCAAACCCAACCUCAGAAGCAGCGUGUUUUCACUGGGGUUGUUACAAAGCUACAUGAUACUUUUGGAUUUGUGGAUGAAGAUGUGUUCUUUCAGCUUAGUGCUGUCAAAGGGAAAACCCCCCAAGUUGGUGACAGAGUAUUGGUGGAAGCUACUUAUAAUCCUAAUAUGCCUUUUAAAUGGAAUGCACAAAGAAUUCAAACACUACCAAAUCAGAAUCAAUCCCAAACCCAACCUUUACUGAAGACUCCUCCUGCCGUACUUCAGCCAAUCACACCACAGACAACAUUUGGCGUUCAGGCUCAGCCCCAGCCCCAGUCACUGCUACAGGCACAGAUUUCAGCAGCUUCUAUUACACCACUAUUGCAGACUCAGCCACAGCCCUUAUUGCAGCAACCACAGCAGAAAGAUUUUACUCCUAUGGAUCCCAGUUGUGACAUGAUGGAACUAAGGCGCCGUUAUCAGAAUUUAUAUAUACCUAGUGACUUUUUUGAUGCUCAGUUUACAUGGGUGGAUGCUUUCCCUUUGUCAAGACCAUUUCAGCUGGGAAAUUACUGCAAUUUCUAUGUAAUGCACAGAGAAGUAGACUCCUUAGAAAAAAAUGUGGCCAUUCUUGAUCCGCCAGAUGCUGACCACUUAUACAGUGCAAAGGUAAUGCUGAUGGCUAGCCCUAGUAUGGAAGAUUUGUAUCAUAAGUCAUGUGCUCUUGCUGAAGACCCACAAGAACUUCGAGAUGGUUUUCAACAUCCUGCUAGACUUGUUAAGUUUUUAGUGGGCAUGAAAGGCAAGGAUGAAGCCAUGGCCAUUGGAGGCCACUGGUCUCCUUCGUUGGAUGGACCAGACCCAGAAAAAGACCCCUCUGUGUUGAUUAAGACUGCUAUUCGUUGUUGUAAGGCUCUGACAGGCAUUGAUCUAAGUGUAUGCACACAAUGGUACCGUUUUGCAGAGAUUCGCUACCAUCGCCCUGAGGAGACCCACAAGGGGCGUACAGUUCCAGCUCAUGUGGAGACAGUGGUUUUAUUUUUCCCGGAUGUUUGGCAUUGCCUUCCCACCCGCUCAGAGUGGGAAACCCUCUCCCGAGGAUACAAGCAGCAGCUGGUCGAGAAGCUUCAGGGUGAACGCAAGGAGGCUGAUGGAGAACAGGAUGAAGAAGAGAAGGAUGAUGGUGAAGCUAAAGAAAUUUCCACUCCUACCCAUUGGUCUAAACUUGAUCCAAAGACAAUGAAGGUAAAUGACCUCCGAAAAGAAUUAGAAAGUCGAACUCUUAGCUCCAAAGGAUUAAAAUCCCAGUUAAUAGCUCGAUUGACAAAACAGCUUAAAGUAGAAGAACAAAAAGAAGAACAGAAGGAAUUAGAGAAAUCUGAAAAAGAAGAGGAAGAGGAGGAUGAUAGGAAAUCUGAAGAUGAUAAAGAGGAAGAAGAAAGAAAACGUCAAGAGGAAAUGGAACGCCAGCGCCGGGAAAGAAGAUAUAUUUUGCCUGAUGAACCAGCGAUUGUUGUACAUCCAAAUUGGGCAGCAAAAAGCGGCAAGUUUGAUUGUAGCAUCAUGUCUUUGAGUGUCCUUUUGGACUACAGAUUAGAGGAUAAUAAAGAACAUUCAUUUGAGGUUUCAUUGUUUGCCGAACUUUUCAAUGAAAUGCUUCAAAGAGAUUUUGGUGUCAGAAUAUACAAGUCAUUACUAUCUCUUCCUGAGAAAGAGGACAAAAAAGAAAAAGAUAAGAAAAGCAAAAAAGAUGAGAGAAAAGAUAAAAAAGAAGAAAGAGAUGAUGAAACCGAUGAGCCAAAACCCAAAAGGAGAAAGUCAGGAGAUGAUAAAGAUAAAAAGGAAGACAGAGAUGAAAGGAAGAAAGAAGAUAAAAGGAAAGAUGAUUCUAAAGAUGAUGAUGAAACAGAAGAAGAUAAUAAUCAAGAUGAGUAUGAUCCAAUGGAAGCAGAAGAGGCUGAGGAUGAAGAAGAUGAUCGGGAUGAGGAAGAAAUGAACAAGCGAGAUGAUAAAAGAGAUAUGAACAGGUACUGCAAGGAGAGGCCCUCUAAAGAUAAGGAAAAAGAGAAGACUCAGAUGAUCACAAUUAACAGAGAUCUAUUAAUGGCUUUUGUUUAUUUUGAUCAAAGCCAUUGUGGUUACCUUCUUGAAAAGGAUUUGGAAGAAAUACUUUAUACUCUUGGACUACAUCUCUCUCGGGCUCAGGUAAAGAAGCUUCUUAAUAAAGUAGUGCUUCGUGAAUCUUGCUUUUACCGGAAAUUGACAGAUACCUCAAAAGAUGAAGAAAACCAUGAAGAGUCUGAAUCAUUGCAUGAAGAUAUGUUAGGAAACAGGUUAUUACUUCCAACACCAACAGUAAAGCAGGAAUCAAAGGAUAUGGAAGAAAAUGUUGGCCUUAUUGUGUACAAUGGUGCAAUGGUGGAUGUAGGAAGCCUCUUGCAAAAAUUGGAAAAGAGUGAAAAAGUAAGAGCUGAAGUAGAACAGAAGCUGCAGUUACUAGAAGAAAAAACAGAUGAAGAUGAAAAAACCAUAUUAAAUUUGGAGAAUUCCAACAAAAGCCUCUCUGGUGAACUCAGAGAAGUUAAAAAGGAUCUUAGUCAGUUACAAGAAAACUUAAAGAUUUCAGAAAACCUGAACUUGCAAUUUGAAAACCAACUGAAUAAGACAAUCCGAAACUUAUCUACAGUAAUGGAUGAAAUCCACACUGUCCUCAAGAAGGAUAAUGUAAAGAAUGAAGACAAAGAUCAGAAAUCCAAGGAGAAUGGUGCAAGUGUAUGAUAGAAUUUGUGUAAUGAUGGGAAAUGGUGUUAAAUAAUGUAAUAUAUAAAAUCACGAUACAAGAGUGUUUGAAGGUGAUGCAUGUUUAAUUUUAGUAGUAUAUCUGUUAGUUCAAAUGAUGUAUAAAGUUUUAUGAAUGUGAGUCUUUGCUUUUGGAAAUUGCUUGUAAUUCCUAGCAUUCAAAUUAUUAAACACUCCUUGAGUGAAAUAAUUUUGCAUUGCAAAAUGUUUUAGGAUGAACUUUGUUAUAGUUUUAACCCCAAUAAAGUUCAUCGAUUUAAUUGAUAGUAGUAUUUAAUUACCAAAUGUCUUUUAUUAAAAUGCCUGGAAACUUUUAAUUUUAUUUACAGAAUUAUUAUUAGGUUUUAAAUUUUUUCAGUCCAUCUUUUAAAAUUUCAGUAUAAAUCAUAAAACAGCAUGCUGCUUAAUUUUGCAAGUUUUGUAAACGAUAAGUUUUUUUUACUCAUCACCAAAAAAUUCCAUCUAAUUAUCAGUCUCUAAAAGCAUUCAUUAAAAAUUCAGUUGAUCUAAAACUAAGGAAGCAAUAGACAAUUAGUACUGUUAUUGUAUAUGUUAGGCUUUACAUAAAAUUAAUAGUUUUGAUGUUAAUGUUAUGCUUUCAAUUAAUUGUUCUACUUUCCCAGAAUAGCCCUUAUAUUGUUUAAUUUUGAGGGUUAAAAAAAAAAAGUAUGUCAAAUGUACAGUUUAGUACCAAGCCAGUAGAUGUCAGUAUGAUGCCUUAAGUCUUCUUUAAUUAAAAAUAACUUUUUUUAUUAGCCUCUGUACUUCCUUCAGAAUUUUAUUGCACACUCAACAGUUGACUAACUGUUGAGUGAAAAAGAUAGGAAAUGUGAUGUACCCUAAAAUAGUGGUUCUCAAUAGGGGGUGAAUUUAUCCCACAGAGGACAUUUGGCAAUAUCUGGAGACGUUUUUAGGUGUCACAAUUGGGUGGGUGCUGCUGGCCUCUAGUUGGUAGAAGCCAUGGAUGUCCUAAACAUCCUAUGUUGCAAAGAACAGCCCCCACAAAAAAGGAAUUAUCCAGCCCAAAAUGUCGUUAGAGUUCAGGUUGAGAAAUCCUGCUGUAAAGGAAUAUAUGGUUAAAUGACAUUUUGUCUUUCAAGUUAUAUUAGCAAAAACUUAAUUGAAUCUAUAGCAGAUGACUAGGUCUUUUUGCAUUUAAAUAAUCCUUACUAGAAUGUGUUACUGUCAUAAAAAUAUAUGCUGUAUUAGAGUUUGUUUUAUUUCAUUUUGUUUUACUUUAUUUUGUUAGAAUAAUGGCUAGGUGUUCCAUGUAGGUGUAUAUGGAAACGUAAAGUGCCAUGUUACAUGUGACUUAAGCUAAAUAGAAUCCACAUGGCUUUUACUAAGAAAUUGAUUAAAAUACCUCAAAUUCUUUCAAACCUA